UUUCUCACUCUCACUUUUCGAGAUUCAAGUCGGUGAAGCCCAUUACUAGCCAGCUUGCCCCCUCUCGCCAAAAUGGAGGGUACGGGAUCCGCCGAGUCGCAGUGGCUGGCCCAACUAGCAGCCAUGCGCCAGGCCAUCGCCGACUUGAAGCUGCCUCAAGACCCCAACCCCACCAAGGAAUCCAGUUACGGAAAUGACCUGGAGCUGGAUUUUGAUGAUGACUACUCGUCUCCCGGAACCAUCGACGAUGACAUCUGGGACAUCAUUAGCUCCGAUGAUGAGUCUAGCGAGGGCUACGAUGACUUCGAUGAUCUUCCCUCCGCCCCGACAACACCAUCCGCCUAUGACCAGACAUGGCUCGAGCAGAAGUGCCACAGCCUUGUCACCAACAAGCCUGGAGUAGAUGCACACGACAUCGCACAACAGAUUACAGCAGCUCUGGCUACAGACAGUGGAGAUGACGAGCUGCAGAUGUCGCUGGCGGACAUUGUCGGCUUCGAUGACCUGGAUUUCGUGAUUGACUUGAUCGCUCACCGGUCGGAGAUCAUCUCCAGUGCGCACUCCUACCCACGAACAGAGGCGCAGACGGACGGCUUGUUUUCGGGCAGGCUACAGACACGAGCAGAGCGGGAGCAAGCCUUACGGCAACAGGAUUACGAGCACAAGAAUGCCUCGCUGCUGGAAGCACAGACUCGGACAGAACCGCACUACCCUCAUGUCUUCAAGAUGCACGAAUCUAGAAAUGUGCUUUCCCUUGGAGGGAAGAGGUAUGGACUACCCAUGGGUAGUAAGCAGAUUGAAGAGAAGAAGUAUACCGAGAUUGAGGUCCCCGCCUCCAAAACGGGCGGCAUGAUGCCCGGGCAGAAACUGGUUCCAAUCGCAUCCAUGGACGGCUUAUGCCAGGGCACCUUCCGAGGCUACAAGAACCUGAAUCGCAUGCAGAGUCUUCUAUAUGAGGUUGCCUACAGGACGAACGAGAACAUGCUCAUCUGUGCUCCCACUGGUGCUGGUAAAACAGAUGCUGCGAUGCUGACGAUCCUGAACGCCAUCGGCAAAAACACUAUCCCCAAUCCCAUUGAGCAGCCAGAGGCCACCGAGUUCGCAGUGCAGCUGGAGGAGUUCAAAAUCAUCUAUGUGGCUCCCAUGAAGGCCUUGGCAGCUGAAGUCACCGAGAAGCUCGGGAAGAGGCUCGCUUGGCUCAACAUCAAGGUUCGCGAACUGACUGGUGAUAUGCAGUUGACCAAGCGGGAGAUUGUCGAAACUCAGAUCAUCGUUACUACUCCUGAGAAAUGGGAUGUGGUCACCCGCAAGAGCACGGGCGACACGGAGCUCGUGCAGAAGGUGCGCCUGCUGAUUAUCGAUGAGGUUCAUAUGCUCCAUGAUGAGCGCGGUGCUGUCAUCGAGUCUCUUGUAGCCCGUACCCAGCGUCAAGUGGAGAGCACACAAUCGCUUAUCCGUAUUGUCGGCCUGUCGGCUACUUUGCCCAACUAUAUCGAUGUUGCCGACUUCCUCAAAGUCAACAAGAUGGCAGGUCUGUUCUACUUCGAUCAAUCGUUCCGUCCUGUGCCGCUUGAGCAACACUUCAUUGGCGUUAAAGGGAAGCCUGGCUCCAAGCAGUCGCGCGAGAACAUCGAUGUUGUAGCUUUUGAGAAGGUUCGUGAUAUGCUCGAGAGAGGCCACCAGGUCAUGGUGUUUGUACAUUCACGAAAGAAUACUGUUCUCACGGCUCGGAUGCUUCGUCAAAUGGCCAGCGAGGAAGGUUGCGAGAAUCUGUUCAGCUGUCAGGACGAAGAAGGAUACUCCAAUGGCCUGGCAGAUGUGAAACGCAGCCGUGCUCGCGAGCUGCGGGAACUGUUCGCCGGUGGUCUGGGAACUCAUCAUGCUGGAAUGAGUCGAAGUGACCGUAACCUAAUGGAACGUCUAUUCUCAGAAGGGUUGAUCAAGGUUCUUUGCUGUACUGCGACUCUUGCGUGGGGUGUCAACCUUCCCGCGGCCGCAGUUGUCAUUAAGGGUACCCAACUCUACAAUCCGCAGGAGGGUAAAUUCGUCGACUUGGGUAUCCUGGACGUAUUGCAGAUUUUUGGUCGUGCUGGUCGUCCCCAGUUCCAAGACACUGGUAUCGGUUUCAUUUGUACCACCCACGAUAAAUUGAAUCACUACAUCUCCGCAGUCACGUCUCAGCAGCCGAUUGAAUCCAGGUUCUCCAGCCGCCUCGUGGACAACUUGAAUGCGGAAAUCUCACUUGGUACCGUCACUUCGGUUCCAGAAGCCGUGCAAUGGUUGGGAUAUUCGUAUCUGUUUGUUCGCAUGCUACGUGAGCCCCGCAAUUAUGGUAUUGACUGGGCCGAGAUACGUGAUGACCCGAUGCUGGUUCAGAGACGCCGUCAACUGAUCAUUCAAGCGGCACUCGUCCUUCAAAAGAGCCAGAUGAUCAUCUACAAUGAGAAAACAGAGGACCUCAGGGCGAAGGACGUGGGCCGCAUCGCAAGCCAGUACUAUGUUCUACAGACUAGCGUCGAGAUUUUCAACAACAUGAUGAGACCACGUGCAACUGAAGCCGAUGUGCUGAGCAUGAUCAGCAUGAGUGGUGAAUUCGACAACAUUCAAGCGCGUGAAAGCGAGUCGAAAGAACUCAAUAGGCUACGAGACGAGGCUAUCCAAACUGAAGUGGAGGGUGGAAACGACUCGCCUCAUGCUAAGACUAAUAUCUUGCUACAGUCGUACAUCUCCCGUGCUAGGAUCGAGGACUUCGCUCUGGUAUCGGAUACCGGCUAUGUCGCGCAGAACGCCGCUCGUAUCUGUCGUGCUCUGUUCAUGAUUGCGUUGAAUAGACGCUGGGGCUACCAAUGUCAGGUGCUUCUGUCCAUGUGUAAAUCGAUUGAAAAGCAAAUGUGGCCUUUCGACCACCCGUUCCAUCAGUUUGAUCUGCCCCAACCAAUCCUUAGGAACUUGGAUGAGAAGCUCCCGACUUCGGCUAUCGAAUCCUUGAGAGACAUGGAAACGGCAGAGAUCGGGCAGCUCGUUCAUAAUCACCGUAUGGGCAAAACUCUCUCAAAGCUCCUGGACAACUUCCCCACGCUAGGCGUCGAAGCUGAAAUUGCACCGCUGAAUCGUGAUGUUCUGCGGAUUCGCCUUCUACUCUACCCAGAAUUCACUUGGAAUGACAGACAUCAUGGCGCCUCCGAGUCGUAUUGGGUUUGGGUUGAGAAUUCGGAAACGUCCGAGAUUUACCACCAUGAGUACUUCAUUCUGAGCCGGAAGAAGCUCAAUGAUGAGCAUGAGUUGAACUUCACAAUCCCUCUUUCGGAUCCGUUGCCAAGUCAAAUCUACGUUCGAGCGAUCUCAGACCGUUGGCUGGGUGCUGAAACGGUUACACCAGUGUCUUUCCAGCAUCUGAUUCGUCCAGAUACGGAGAGCGUGUACACGGAUCUACUCAACCUCCAGCCUUUGCCCAUCUCUGCCUUGAAGAAUCCGAUUCUGGAGGAGCUUUACGGACAACGCUUCCAGUUCUUCAACCCUAUGCAAACACAAAUCUUCCACCUUCUGUAUCAUACUGCUGCCAAUGUUCUGCUUGGUUCUCCGACAGGUAGUGGAAAGACGGUGGCCGCAGAGCUGGCAAUGUGGUGGGCUUUCAGAGAGAAGCCCGGCUCCAAGGUUGUGUAUAUCGCGCCCAUGAAAGCGCUUGUGCGUGAGCGAGUUCAAGACUGGAAGAAACGUCUGACAAUUCCUAUGGGACUCAAGUUAGUUGAGUUGACCGGUGAUAACACUCCGGACACUCGCACGAUCCGAGAUGCAGAUAUUAUCAUCACCACUCCCGAAAAAUGGGACGGUAUCUCGCGUAGUUGGCAGACUAGGGACUAUGUGCGCAAGGUGAGCUUGGUAAUCAUCGAUGAGAUUCACUUGCUCGGUGGCGACCGAGGACCUAUUCUGGAGAUCAUUGUGUCUCGAAUGAACUACAUCGCAUCUCAAUCCAAGGGUUCUGUGCGGUUGAUGGGCAUGUCUACUGCCUGUGCUAACGCCAGCGAUCUUGCGAACUGGUUGGGUGUUAAGGAGGGCCUCUACAACUUCCGGCAUUCAGUGCGCCCAGUGCCCCUCGAGAUCUACAUCGAUGGAUUCCCGGAGCAGCGUGGCUUUUGUCCCCUCAUGCAGUCGAUGAACAGACCGACAUUCCUGGCUAUCAAGAAUCACUCACCCGACAAGCCAGUCAUCGUGUUUGUUGCGUCUCGCCGACAAACUCGUCUAACUGCUAAAGACCUGAUCAACUACUGUGGUAUGGAGGACAACCCUCGACGCUUUGUCCGCAUGUCGGAAGAGGAUCUGCAGUUGAACCUUACCCGAGUCAAGGAUGACGCUUUACGAGAGGCGCUGAGCUUCGGAAUCGGUCUGCACCAUGCUGGUCUGGUGGAAUCUGACAGACAACUAGCCGAGGAGCUCUUCGCGAACAAUAAAAUUCAGAUCCUGGUGGCGACAAGUACUUUGGCAUGGGGUGUCAACCUUCCCGCGCAUCUUGUUGUCGUCAAGGGCACUCAGUUCUUCGAUGCCAAGAUCGAGGGCUACAGAGAUAUGGACUUGACAGAUGUCUUGCAGAUGCUGGGUCGUGCGGGACGCCCGCAGUUCGACACCUCGGGUAUUGCUCGCAUUUUCACUCAGGAUGCAAAGAAAGCCUUCUACAAGCACUUCCUGCAUACUGGAUUUCCUGUCGAGUCGACUCUGCACAAAGUCCUCGAUAACCACUUGGGUGCCGAAGUGUCUGCGGGAACCAUCACCACGAAGCAGGAUGCACUCGACUACCUGACCUGGACGUUCUUCUUCCGACGCCUCCACAAGAACCCCUCCUACUACGGGCUGGAGAUCUCGGCUGAGGAGCACAACACGAUGGCCGCUCAAUCUAUUGCGCAGGAGUUUAUGAUUGAUUUGGUCGACCAGUCCCUCGGUGAGCUCGCCGAGUCGUCUUGUGUCUCUUUCGACUCGGCGACCGGCGAUGUCGACCCUACCCCCUUCGGCAAGAUCAUGAGUUACUACUACCUCUCGCACAAAACCAUCCGCUACCUCAUGGCGCAUGCCAAGCCCAACCCGACUUUCCACGAUGUUCUGAGUUGGAUGUGCUCUGCUAGCGAGUUCGAUGAACUCCCCGUUCGGCACAACGAAGACCUGAUCAACGCCGAACUGGCUAACCACCUACCCCUCUCCGUUGACUCGAUGGGCGAUCUUCCCAUGUGGGACCCGCACGUCAAAGCCUUCCUUCUCUUGCAAGCUUACAUGUCGCGCAUCGACCUCCCGAUAUCCGACUAUGUCGGUGAUCAGACCUCCGUUCUGGACCAGGGCAUCCGUAUCAUCCAGGCCUCCAUCGAUGUCAUGGCCGAGUUGGGCUACCCGCACGCCUGCCAGAUGUUCAUGAGCCUGCUUCAAAGCAUCAAAUCCGCCCGCUGGCCCGAAGACUCGGCCUUGUCGAUCCUGCCCGGCGUCGACGUUACCGUCGACCCCAAGAGCAGCAAGAACAACAACCUCCCUCCCUCACUUGCAGCCCUCGCCGCCCUCCCGGCGGGAGCCAUCUCUUCCCUGGCAAGAAAGCUCCCGCUGUCCUCGUCGCAAGCCCAAUUUGUCAAGGCCGCAUCAUACCUCCCCAACCUCGCCGUCUCCAUCUCCACCAUCAACUCCCGCGGCAUCACCGUUUCCAUCUCUCGGAAGAACCCCGCUCUGGACCGCGAUUGUCGAAUCUAUGCUCCACGCUUCCCGAAACCCCAGACAGAGGGAUACUUCCUGCUCAUCUACACCGCGAAAGCCGGUGGCCAAGACGGGGAGCUUCUAGCCCUGAAACGCGUCUCCUGGCAAACCGGUCCGCGGGGACGCAACAACGGGACCGGCAAAUCUGGCCGUGGCGGUGGUCGUGGUGGUGCUGGCCCCUCUUCUAGCAGCGGCGGCGGCGGCGGCGGCGGCAGCAGCAGCAACAAACCCAAUGAACGGCAGCACCAACUGAACGUCCGCUCAUCGGUCAAAUUCCCUGAAAACCCCUCAGCACCGACCCCGAAGCAGGUCAACGUGCGCGUGAUCAGUGACUCCUACCCUGGAAUGGAGUGGACGGUGGCCGGGGUGGAUGUUCCCACUCCUAGUGCCACGGGUGCUGAAACGCAGAGUGUCCCGGAAUCCGCGAUCCCGGAUAAGGGUUGAGAGUUUUUUGUUCCAGUUAGUACAUGUACCUAGCCCCUUCUCUCUGCUCUAGAUUCAAGGGUGGUCUCAAGUAUGGGCAUGGAUGGUGAGAC